AAUAUCAAAUGCAGAAGUUAUGAAUAGGAGAGAAUCGGAGGGAAACACUGUCUGCCGCGUUCUUUCAAUACACAAUCAACGUGGUGAAAAUGACGAUACAAAGUACACAAGGCAGUGCAAACCUUGGAGGCCAACAGAGGACGAUUGCGCAUUCGCUGAGCAAUUCUACUCAAUUAAAAAGGAUAUUUACUGCAGGGAAAAGUUAAGCAACACAAGUAGGAAAAUCUGUAGUUUUGCUGUAAGUAAUCUUCACAAAUACGAUUUAAUCGAAAACAUACUGAAGAUUCAUUGUGAUCAGAAGAUCUGUCAGGAAGGUCGUUUAUUUGUUGGCAGUGUAAACCCAGAAAUCGGAACCGUGACGUCACAAGAUUGGGAAGAAUUUCCCUCAGCCAAAUUAGUCGAAACAGCUCUGCCUGGGAUCAUUUCAGAUAAUAUUAAAAAUGGAAAUACUUUUUCCCUUAUUCGGUGUGUAAAGAAAAAUGAGAAUAUUGACCAGUUGCUUUUCUUCCCGCAUAUUCUUGAGCACAAAGAAAAAACGGGAGCGUAUGUGCGAUUUCGUCAACGAUAUCAGAGGAAACCGCGGAGAAAAACUUUCAAUAUCAAUGUUGUCCUUCUAGAUUCAGUUUCGCGCAAUCAUUUUUACCGGAUGUUGAAUAAAACAGUCAACAUUUUGCGAAAAACAGCACAAAAUCCAGAGGUCCUUGUGUUGGAUUAUGAAUUUUUCCAAAGCUUAGCUCCAUAUACUGCGAUGAACACUAAAGGUCUUUUAACGGGAACCACAGGCAAAGAUGCGAAUGAAAUUUUGGAUAAAAAAUUGGAAAUAAAUAAUUUAUACGGACAGCUUAAGAAAAGAGGUUAUCGAACACUCUUUCAGGAAGACAAUUGCUGGUACGAUAAGUGGGGAACAAUAUUUAUGAAUAACAUCAGAAAAGAUAAGCUACCUCAAAAUAUUGAAGAAUUUAAAAAGUCAUUUGAACAAUUCAGAAAUUUCACAAAGAUCUCCUACGUAGAUGAUUACGGAUUAACCCUUUUCAGUUGUUUUGUUUUCAACAUGCAUGGCAUUACAAAUAUGUUCAAUGAACCACUGAAAGUCUGUUACGAUGGUCAACCAAUUUCUACGCAUUUCUUGCGAUACACCGAACAUUUUUUUAGCCAUAAAGGCAAACGACCAUUGUUUUCGUAUCUUCACACUGGUUUUGGCCACGAAAAGACAGGGAUACGGAUCAAAGCUCUAGACGAAGAUUUAUCGGUUUUCAUACGAAACAUGGCGCAACAAAAGAACACUUUGACUAUCUUAGCAUCAGAUCAUGGGCCCAAGACAACCACUUAUUCUCAGGACUAUCUGCAUGGUAAAUAUGAAAUUUACGAUGCUCUCUUAUUUAUGAUUAUUCCUAAGAGAAUUCAGAAAGAGUUAGGUACAUCAAGAGUAGAUGCACUUGUGAAGAAUCAAAAGUCUUUAGUAACUAUGCUAGAUAUUCAUAACAUGCUGAUAGAUAUGACUCAACUUCGUAAGCGAGGGAAUAGAGGAGGAUUAUUUUCCGAUAUUUCUAACAGAACUUGCGAUUCGUUACCAUUUGUAAGCUAUGGCGUAUGCAAAUGCAGAGACUGGGAACAGAUUUUUAUGGAUCAAUCACCGCGCUUCGUAUGGUUAGCGGAAUUUGCGACUGAAAAAUUGAAUAAUAAAAUACUUGAACAAUUCUCCAAGUCCAAUCGCUCUGGCUUCGGAAAGUGUCGUAAGUUACGGCUGCAUCGCAUCUGGAAUAUACGGCAACGUGUCAAAAACGGUUCCUAUAUCACAACUUUUGAUCUGGUUGUACAGCCAUCUUAUACAGUCUUCCUCGUUCAGACAGAACAUUCCAUUUCAGACGAGGGCUUAGUUGAUAAAGUGGAAUUAAAAUCGUGGAGAAGAGUGAGCCUCUACCGUCGUUACAUUUCAUGCAAAGACAAACCUGUUGAUGUGGAAUUAUGCGUGUGCAAUCUCAGACAACGAAAUUCCAAAAAAAGAAUGUUAAGAAAGAUUGCAAAUGCAAAAGUCAGCAAAAACAACGAAAUUUUCAAGACCCAAACAUCAUGUCUGUAUAUUUUACUUACUAAAGGCGAAGACAAACUGCAAUUAAUAUUUUCUUAUGAUAUCAUCAACAUUUGUGACGAACGUUAUAUUUUUACACUCUAUGGCGGUCGAAAAAUUGUCAAGGAGCUACAGCCAUAUUCAGAUACAUUUUUACAUUCCCUAGUUGUCAAAGACAAUAGGAAACCGGUGUUGAGAUACAGGUUUAAAAGAACUUGAUAGCUGAAUGCUUAUUUGUCAAUCCCUAGCGCAAAAAACAUUAAAAAGCGUUUUAAUUGGAUAGAGAGACUUGCAGCGAGUUAGUCGUCGUUACUAUAGUGCAAAAAUUACGCACAGAGGCACUGGACCCGCAGGAAUUAAAGAUCAGAGAAGCCGCUUGCGAUAAUAGAUAAGUCAAAACACGUCGGAAAGUAAUUGACCUUGUCGAACCCAAUAGCCUCUCUUCCAUGCUAACUUAAUUUAGCAUAUUAGGGCUACAAAUCUAUAUUCCCAUCUUUUCCAAGAAUGGCUACAGUAAAAUAUGAUAAUGCAAUUCGUAUCCCAAUCUGCAGCAUAGUUCUUCAAUUUCAUCUUCUAUAAAUACAUGUUUUACUGAGU